CGCACGAGAGGGGCGCACACGAGAAGAGCUGCAGGCGAGAUCAACGGUGAGUGCGCAGAGUCCUAGCAAUGGACACGGGUAGCACCGCGCGUACACAGGAUGCAUACUGCACCCGCGACGCGCGUACCCGUACCCAUGUAUGGUGCUACCCGUAUCCUACCUGGGGUCAGCGUCAGUGUUGGCGGUGGACCGCGGGUCAGCCACCCUCUGUGGUACCUCCGAGUGUGUUGCCUGCACCCGCCGUACUCGUCUUCCUCCCUGCCCUCCCUACUCGUUCGUGCUCGCGCGUCCCGCUCCUCAUGCGCACCGUCCCGCGUACUCGCCACUGUGCCCAUACCCACAGUCCGCUCGUCGGCUGCGUGUUGCACACGCCCCGACCCUGCGCACCGUCGGUCUCCCAUCCUUUAUUCAUGCGCGCGUGGUCCGUUCGUCGGCCGUGUGCUUGCAUGCUGGGCAAUCGCCCAGUGCGCUCGCGGUUGGCGUGUGUACCGUCGCCUGCCCGCCCGUUCAUCGGUCGGCUGUGUCUGCGCGGUGGGCAUUCGCCCAGAGCGCUCGCCGUUGCUGUGCCCGCCCCCUGCUCCGCUCGUCUGGUUGCUUGCUUGCCCAUCUGUCCGCUCGUCCGCUCGUCUGCUCGUCCGUCCGUCCACCCGUCCGCAUGCCCGCUCGGGCGCGUGUUCGUCGGCCGUGUCUGCGUGCUGGGCACUUGCCCAGCGCGCUCGCGGUCACCGUGCGCGUGGUGGUUGUCUGCGCCCUGUGUCAGUGUGCCUGCCCUCUCGCCCUCUCGUCCUCUCACCCUCUCGUCCUCUCACCCUCUCGUCCUCUCACCCUCUCGUCCUCUCGUCCUCUCAUCCUCUCUCCUCUUGUCCUCUUGUCCUCUUGUCCUCCCGCCUGCGCACUCGUGGCCACACGCCCGCUAGUGCACUCGUCAACCGGGAGCCCGUUAACCCGCUCACCCACUUACUCACCCACUCGCCCGUUUGACUUCCCGCCUGCCCGCUCACUCUCCCGCCCCUCGUCCACUCGUCCGCCCGCCGUCUGUCUGUCGGCUGUGCCUGCACGCAGGGCAUUGGCCCUGAGUGCUCGCGGUCGUCGCGCUGCACGUUGCCGUGUUCUGUGUCUACGUUAGUGGGCUCGUUCGGGUGCGUCUGCACUCACCGGUGGACU